AUGUUUGCCAACCGGACUCACCAGAGUGGCGUCGGCGCCUUGAAGAGAGCUACCUCGGCAGCUCAGGCUUCUCUUCGUACACGAACACUGAAUUCCACCACAGAACCCUUAGCGUCAUGUGCUCGCCACUUCUCAAUAGCUGAAAACGCAGGCCGAAAUGGCAGAAUCAACGGCGGUGUCACUGAGAACCGUCAUCCUUCAUCAGCUGAGGCAAAGCAGAAGAGGGAAUCAGAUAGGGGGCAGGCUCAGGUUCCCGUGGCUGACCUUACAGAGGUGCCUCAUGUUGCCGUUGUGAAGCUCAGAGAGACUCAGACUUGGGAUGAUGCUUUGUUGGACGGCGUGGCUAAAACGCUGACGCAAUUGCGCUCUUUGGGCCUACCAAGUGUUAUUGUCCUCGGCUGCGAACAAGACCAAAUCUCAGGGUCGGAAUGGCAAGAGCUCAUUUUCCAACAAGCAAACCGCGUUAUCACAGCUAUUGGUCGGCAUGACUCCCCAGGUGCCAAGCUGGUUACCUCCGGCAUUUGGAAAGCAAAGGAGCCAGUUCAGAGGCUAUCUUCAAUCGAUUCAACAGAUGUGUUCGUGGGAUUUGGGGAAGCCUUGUUGGCACCGCUGAGACAAGGACAUAUGCCCGUGGUCCCCCCUCGUGCCUGUACCGAAGACACUUUGCAAUACACUCCAGCAAGUGCCAACGAUAUCGUUUUCGCUUUGACCAGCUAUUUUUCAGGGCUACAGCUCGAUAAGAAAGACCUGGGGGGUGAGCAGAACAACACUACAACCAGCCCUCUUUCGCGGAAGGCGGUAGUAGACCGAAUUAUUGUUAUCGAUCCACACGGCGGUAUCCCUGCAAGCAAGGAGGGUGAUGGGGCUCGAGUCUUUGUGAACCUGGAAGAAGAAUUCGAGAAACUUCGGAAAGCCCUUACGGAGCAGGAGAAGCCUGCUCAACCAGGACGCGCUAGGACACGGCAUACCGAGAACCUGAAGCUCGUUAAGAACGCACUGUCAAUUUUGCCAGCAACAGCUUCAGCAGUUAUCACGACGCCUGCUGAAGCGGCUAACCGUCGGACUCCUAGCAAUCAGGGGCUAGCAAACGUUGAGAAGAUUGCAGGCGAAGUGAAAACCAGGAGAUGGCAGAACCCCCUUAUUCAUAACCUUCUUACAGACAGACCCAUGUACUCAGCUUCGCUGCCCCUGAGCAGGAUAAAAUCGCCUAAUCAACGAAGCGAGAACACUGCGGUCAACAUGCCGACAACAACACUUUUGAAGAAAGGCAUGCCUGUCACUAUCUUUCCCGAUACUCGCUCGGGCCCUUGGACGCCUCCCAAACCAGGAGAACCGCGACUCAGGUUAACGGACACAUGUAUCGACCUACCGCGUCUCGUCCAUCUGAUCAACGAUUCUUUCAAGCGGAAGCUUGAUGUUGAAGAUUACCUGAAGCGCCUUGAGAAUUCCUUAGCAGGAGUCAUCAUCGCAGGUGAAUAUGAGGGCGGGGCGAUACUGACUUGGGAGCGGCCAUUUGGCAUGGAUGAGGAAACAGCCUACCGUGAGGGCCGAUUGGUGCCUUACCUCGACAAAUUCGCUGUGCUCACGAAGAGUCAGGGCGCCGGCGGUGUGGCAGAUAUCGUCUUCAAUGCCAUGGUGCGCGACUGUUUCCCCUCAGGGGUGUGCUGGCGGAGCAGAAAGGACAAUCCCGUCAACAAGUGGUACUUUGAGCGGUCGUGUGGCGUGAAGAAGCUUCCUGGUUGCAACUGGGCCAUGUUUUGGACAACUCCCGAGGCGGCUACCAGUGAUCAGUUGCUGAGGGACUAUGAGGAUGUCUGCAGGAGCAUUAUGCCGUCUUGGGAGGAUAUGAAGAAACCUGCGGAUUAA